AGUUAUUGUACUUUCAAUAAAGUUAAUUUUUAUCAGCAUUUCAAACAGAAUAAUGCGUGAGAUUAUUCAAAUAAACCAUCUUUUUUUCAGUGUGAUUUAGUUGUAAAGUGUAAAAUGUUUUAUACGUUGAUCUUUAUAGUUUUGGUGACAAUAAUAUUUUAUAUAAAAAGAAAAUAUUCCUACUGGAUAAGAAAAAAGGUACCAGGUCCUACACCAUGGCCAAUUUUCGGAAAUCUAUUUCAUAAUUUUACGAAAAGAAAGACUGUUGGACAAAUAUUUAGACAAAUUUAUAGUACUUAUCCUGAAGAACCAUUAGUCGGCGUCUACAGAACCAGUGAACCAGUACUUCUCAUUCGCGAUCCAGAAUUCAUUAACAGAAUCCUAACUAAAGAUGCUAAGUCUUUUUUCAAUAACGAUUUCUCAGUUGAUAAGAAAACGGACCCUUUACAGGGAGAAAGUCCUUUUGUUCAAAAAGAUAAUGAAUGGAAGGAGACUAGGAAGAUGUUGUCACCUGGGUUUACUAGUGGAAAGAUGAGGCCCCUUUUUACAAUCAUCGAACAAGUUAAUGUCCGACUGAAGCAUUAUCUGGAAAAGCACGAGGGCCAAACACUGGAAACGCAGAAUCUCUGUCGCCGCUACACUCUGGAUAACGUGGCUCUGGUCGCAUUUGGUAUCAACGGUAAUUGUUUCGACAGUGACGAAUCGGAUUUUAUGAAACUAGCUAAUUCGUUCAUAGCUCCUGGUACUUUUGCUUUGUGGAUGUUGCAGAUGUUCCCUCUAAUUAGUUACCUAGUAUCGUUAAAAGCCAUUCCUAAGGAAGUUGAUGAUGGAUUGACAACGAUAAUCAAAGAUGUUCUAGAAUCUAGAAAGAAAAACAAUAUUGUUGUCAAUGAUUACUUAAAUUUUAUAGCAGAAUUGGGAAAUAAAAACAGCCUAAGGUGCGUGGAAAUGGCUGGGCAUGCGGCAACUUUUUUUGAAGAUGGCUACGAAACUUCAGCUUUAGUAAUGAGCUAUAUUUUAUUUAAUCUUGCUCAAUCUCAACAUGUGCAGGAUAAACUAAGGUCCGAAAUUGGAGAAUUUGAAAAACAAAAUCCAAACAGAAAGGUUACUUAUGAAGAUAUUGUUGAAAUGAAAUAUUUAAAUGCUUGUAUUUAUGAAUCAAUGAGACUCUGCCCAAUCCUAGAAUACUACACAAGGGUAUGCAAUCAACCAUACGUUUACACAACUUCAACAGAAUCUCCGUUACAUUUGAAACGAAUGGCAGCUAAUAUUGAUGCUGGAACAGUGUGCAUUAUACCUUUUGGAGGUUUGUGCCACGACGAACGAUAUUUUUCGGAACCACAAGUAUUCAAACCUGAACGAUUUUUGGACAAGGAUUGCAAUGGAUUUAGGGGUGUGUUUUAUCCUUUUGGAGGAGGACAUCGAAUAUGUUUAGGUCAGCGCUUCGGCAUUAUGCAAGUCAGAAUGGGAAUUAUAGAGAUCAUCAAAAAUUUUCAAGUGAAUUUAAGCGACAAAACAAAGCUGCCCUUUGAAUUUUUGCCAUGGACUAUUUUGAAUAAAGUGAAACAUGGAGUUUGGUUGACGUACAAAAAAUUGUAAUUAUUGUUUUUUUUUUAUAGCUUUUAUUAGGCACCAACAUUUAAAUAUUUAUGGCAUACA